AUGGCACAGUAUCCAAACGGUCAGGCAUACUAUGCCCAACACGCGAACCCCCAGGCGUCUGGCCAACCAUCUGCUGGCCGCUAUGAGGCUUAUUCGGUCCAAAAUACAGCUGCGCCGGAUCAGCAUUUACCUCGCCGAAUGCCAAGUUACAAUGCUGGGGAUGAUUCGGGAUUCUUCAACCCUGCCCAAGCUCAGAAUCUGAGAGCGACCGGAGGAAACGCGCAGUACUCAGCACAGUAUUCGGCACAGGGUGGCGGAUAUGGGAGCACUGGAUCAGCGGAUUAUAACGUUGCGCAUGGAGGGUUCGAAGAAGAACGAGAUUCGAGAUAUUCGCACGCAGACGCAAUGUCGCGCAUGUCGCCGACUCGAGCGACCUCCCACGCCUCCACCGUCUCGUACCAGCAGUAUUCUGGAGGGACAACGACGCACUCCGCCUAUAACCCGCAGCAAUACGGUCUCCCACACACGCAGUCACAGCCGAUCCUAGCAUAUAAUCCCUCCCACAAUGGCUCCAGCCAGGCUACAUACGCAGCCCCGACCUCCGGCCACCAACCGUACAAUCCUGCAGCUUACCAAUCGACAACCGUGACGAGCAUGAGCUCGCCGGCUCUAGCUCGAAGGCAGAGCGCCAACUCGCAUUAUGGCCAGACACCACCCACCCCGCAAUCAUAUGGCUUCUCCCAACCACCUCUUCCACCCCCGCGGGGUGCUGAUCACCCGUAUGGGGUGCGCCCGGCCGGGUACCAACCCAUGUCACCAAACCCGUCACCCUCCUAUAUCCCGUCGAAUUCCCCCAGCGCUAUCCACAUGCCUCCGCCUUCAUCACGUCCGUAUUAUAACAAUUCGCAAGGAGCUGCAUAUGAUUUGCCUUCUCCUCAAUACAACUCAGGUGUCUCCAGUAGCUCCUACGAAGAACAGCCUCCAACACCACCGGUUCACCAGACCCAGACCAACGGUCUGUACGCCCGGCAACCAAGUAUUUCUCACUCUGGACCAGGGCGAUCCCUGCCAAGUCCUCCAGUACAGUCGGAAUUACCUAUCAUGCCACCGAGGCGAACAGACACUCUGACCCGACACCCUCAAUCGCGACCUUUGCCUGGUCCACCGGCCGAAGAAAUGGCGACAAACGGACAUAAUUUACCGGUAGAUGCUCCUAUGGCAUACGAAGAUGUCAUGAGGCAAGAUGAGGCCACGGCUCUAGACACGGAGAAUUUCGCCCGGCGCCACAGUUCCAGAGCCUCUCGCGCUAGCUCGCGCCUGCGCUUUUCGCCCGAUGAGCAGCACACGCAUACCAAUGGAAGCAUGGAGACAGGCACAGGGCACUAUGUGAAUUACGGCGCUCACGGCGAUGACACGGAUGCUGAAAUUGCCUUCGGGCUGGCUAUGCUGCAGGAGGAAGAAGCCCGGGAUGCCCGCGAACAGGAGAUCCAACGGCAACGCAGUGAAGGACGCAUGCGAAGUGAGACCAAUGCAUCAGUACUCAGCUCUCGCGGGUCCAACAUUUCGCCCAGAGGCCACUCGCCGAGCCCUGAUCCCCAUGCCGAUGGCGAUUUCAUUGGCCAUGAUCUGGCGUUGUAUGAAGGAGGAUAUCAAGCGAAUCUUCACUAUGGAGAUGAACCAGCCUACGGCCAUGACGAUUACGUGGAUAAUACGGCGGGUAGUAGACUUGCACCUACAUCAGGUUCAUUCAGAAGCUCCAAUGUGUCUGCUGAUGAACGUGGGGAUUAUUACGACGAAUACGAGCACCCGGCUAUCGCAUACGAAUAUGCGAACCGACUUCAUCAUUUGCCACCUGAUGCCCGAGUUGAUGCCGGUGGCACGGGUGGACUUGCAGCACCAGACGCCUACGCUCGACGGAUGAGCUUUGACUAUGGAGAUGAAGGAGAAGCGCCAUAUGGCCAGCCUCAUUCGGGAGAUCAAUCUGACGACGAGAGCCCACAUCGAGCCGCACACGAAGACCUUUUCUUCCACCCAGGAAUGCGCCCGCUGCCACCAGCACCCGUUGACCCGGCCGGAAAUGUUGAUUUGGUAUCUCACUUGAUGCCUGCGGGCACAUACACUCACAAUGAGGAUGAGCAAGACCCCUAUUCACAGUAUCACAGCCCCUCCUUGCAGGCUAAUGCUGAUCCCUACGGGGAUGUUUUGCUGAGCCCCUCCCAAGUCCCACGGUCGUCAUCUUUGUCGACCCCUAUUGGGCCUCGUGCUGAUGCGCCUAUCAGGUCGAAGACCGACGCGGACCGUCUCAGAUACAGGCAGCAGCAACAGGAGCUUCUUAUGAAACUCAGACAGAAGGAUCUUCCUCAUAUAGAUCCAGCGGCGGCAGCGGCCGUCACCUUGGAUCUUCCAAGUAUCCCGGCUAGCCGGCGCAAGAAGUUCCAUCCUGCGAAGCUGUCUUCCGAACAAUUCAAGAAAUGCAGCGAGCCGUGGGCGUUGAGCUCUCUUCUGUCCUGGAUCCGGGACUUGAGUGAGGAUGAAACAGAUCUUCGGGAGCAAGCUAUUGCAGAUGCCAUAGUUGCUUUGUUCACUCACAAAGUCCCGACUAUGAAUAUCGCUGAUGCAGAAACUCUGGCAGCUCGUGUGGUUAGCGGUAUGCUUGAAGAAGGGGCGCUGGUCAAGGAAGAAGAGUGGGUCAAAUUUGGCCCCGGAACACUGUCCGGUGUUUUGUUCCAGAUCACUGGAACUGGGUGCUAUUCUGCGAAGCUCCAUCUACAGGAGAUGCACAUUGAAGAUACCGACAGUUUCGGCCGAUGCUACUCUCAUCAUUGUAUGCGGACUUUGAAGAAAGUCAAUCUCAAGGCGCAGAUGAUGGCCCCGCAAAAGAAAAUCGAGGACUGGGUGACUUUCUACAAAGUGCCCAAAGAGCUGUGGGAAUCUCACCCGAAGAAGGAGAUCGAUCGGCAAAACAACUUGCACGAGAUUGUCACUACCGAAGACUCCUACAUUGGGCAGCUGGAUGUCCUUAGAGAGCUUUAUCGCGACCAAUUGGCUGCAAUGAACCCUUCAAUCAUCCCCGCGAAACGCCUGCCCAAAUUCCUGGCUGACGUCUUCGGCAAAGUCGAUGCCGUGAAGAAGGUCAACGAAGACUUCCUAUUGGCGCAGCUCAAGUACCGCCAAAAGGAGCAGGGUCCAUUCAUCACUGGAUUCAGUGACAUCUUCAGAGAAUGGAUUCGGAAAGCGAAGAAUGUGUACAUUGAUUACGCCGCAACGUUCCCUACCGCCAACUAUCUUGUGCGGAAAGAGGCUGAACGCAACCCGCAUUUCAAGCAAUUCUUGAACCAGGCUCGGGAGCAUAAGAUGUCGAGUCGACUAAGUUGGGACACUUUCCUCAAGGCCCCGAUCACCAGAAUUCAACGGUACACUCUUCUGUUGGCGACUGUGCAUAAGAAUAUGGUCAAAGAUUCCGAGGAAAAGACCAAUGUGGCUCAAGCUAUUGAAGAGAUCAAGGUUGUGGCCUUGGAGUGUGACAACAAAGUUGGAGAGAUGAACAAGAAGGCUGACUUGAUGGAAUUGGCGGCUAAGCUGCAAUUGAGACCCGAUAUGAAAAAGGAGGUUGAGCUCAACCUAGAGCAUCUGGGUCGACAAAUUAUCCAUCGCGGCGAGCUGCAACGCCCUGGAACACGAACCCGAUUCCUUGUCGAAACGCAUGCAAUUUUGUUUGACCAUUACCUCGUGCUUGCCAAGACGUUUACUAUGCGUGACCGGGCCGUCAAAUAUGAGAGAUACGAUGUGUCGAAAUUGCCCAUUCCGAUGGAUCUGCUCGGGUUGGAAAGUACUGAUGAUGACCCUGUGGUCAAGUCCUCAGUUAGAGGUGUCUCAACUGUCACCCCCUCGCAGGCCGGUGCUGUCAGCCCUCUAACCCAUACCGGCUCGGGUGCAUCGGCUGGAAAUGCGACCAUUGACAACUCACGAGAUGACAAGAUCCUGUACCCCUUCAGGAUCAAACAUCUGGGCAAGACAGGAACAUACACACUCUACGCCUUCUCAGCUCAAAACCGCAUGGAGUGGUGUCAGAAGAUCAUUGAAGCCAAGACAAAACAUGCAGCCGCUCUGUUCUCACAAAACGCAGAGCCCUUCCGACUUCGCGUUCUCGCAGAUACUGCAUUUGCAUACUCUGAUCACACACCUGGUUCCAAGAGUGUCACUAUCAAGGGCACGCCCCUGCAUCGUGCAAUCACAGAAGUUGAGAAGCGAUACGAGGACUCUGGCCCUCGACCUCCCCCGGUUUGCCGAACUGGAGUCAACUGCGCCACUGUGUUCCAGCAGCCUGCCGGCCGUAUGAUGUGUGCCAUUGGAACAGAGUACGGAGUGUACAUGUCCGAGCUUAGCAAUCCCCGGGGAUGGUACAGAGCUAUCCCCAUCAUGCGAGUUACCCAGCUUGCAGUGUUUGAGGAUUUCAAUCUUCUUCUGCUGAUUGCUGAUCGGUCCUUGAUUGCCUAUCACCUUGACGUUGUCUGCCCUGCCAAUGGAACAUCUCAAUCCUCCCAAGACUCGGCCAGACGUGCUCCUCAGAAACUAUCUGGAAACCGUGAAGUUGGCUUCUUCGCUGCUGGACGCCUGAAGGACAGGUAUCUGGUUCUGUACAAGAAGCGCGACGGUCUUUCAUCCACAUUCAAGGUAAUUCGUUCUACAAUUUUGAUCCAACAAAAGUCUCACAAAUACAGGUCCUCGAGCCAGUUCUCCAAAAGUCAUCAUCCAACAAAACCCGACUCUUCCGCCGCUCCCAAACAGAAUUCUUCCGUGAAUACGAUGACUUCUACAUCCCAGCAGAAACUUACCGCAUUAACAUGUUCCACUCCUCACUAG